CCGCCGCCGCCGCUCCUCCCCGCGGCUCCGUCUGCAGCCGCGGCCGCAGCCCAGCUCCGGGCUGACAAGCAGGUGACAGAGGAGCCGGCGCGCGUGGCGGCGGGCGCCCGGGAGAGCGCGGCGCGGGCUGCACCGCCCCGGCCCGCCAGCACGACGCCGGGGCCCGGGGCCAUCCUGCACGCUCGCCGGGGGCGACCGGCGGCCCCAACCGCAGCCCCAGCCCCGCGGGGGCCGCGCCUCUCCGGCUCCGGGGCCGCGGCGGCGGGCGGGCGGGCGCGCACCCUGGCCGGCGGGCCCCGCGGCGCGCCCCGCGCCCCAUGGAUAUAGCAACAGGUCCCGAGUCGCUGGAGAGGUGCUUUCCCCGCGGGCAGGCUGACUGCGCCAAGAUGCUGGACGGCAUCAAGAUGGAGGAGCACGCCCUGCGCCCGGGGCCCGCCACGCUGGGAGUGCUGCUGGGCUCCGACUGCCCGCACCCCGCCGUCUGCGAGGGCUGCCAGCGGCCCAUCUCCGACCGCUUCCUGAUGCGAGUCAACGAGUCGUCCUGGCACGAGGAGUGUUUGCAGUGCGCGGCGUGUCAGCAAGCCCUCACCACCAGCUGCUACUUCCGGGAUCGGAAACUGUACUGCAAACAAGACUACCAACAGCUCUUCGCGGCCAAGUGCAGCGGCUGCAUGGAGAAGAUCGCCCCCACCGAGUUCGUGAUGCGGGCGCUGGAGUGCGUGUACCACCUGGGCUGCUUCUGCUGCUGCGUGUGCGAGCGGCAGCUGCGCAAGGGCGACGAGUUCGUGCUCAAGGAGGGCCAGCUGCUGUGCAAGGGCGACUACGAGAAGGAGAAGGACCUGCUCAGCUCCGUGAGCCCCGACGAGUCCGACUCCGUGAAGAGUGAGGAUGAGGACGGCGACAUGAAGCCCGCCAAGGGGCAGGGCAGCCAGAGCAAGGGCAGCGGGGACGACGGGAAGGACCCCCGGAGGCCCAAGCGACCCCGCACCAUCCUCACCACGCAGCAGCGAAGGGCCUUCAAGGCGUCCUUUGAGGUCUCCUCCAAGCCCUGCCGGAAGGUCCGAGAGACGCUGGCAGCAGAGACAGGCCUCAGCGUGCGCGUGGUCCAGGUCUGGUUUCAGAACCAAAGAGCAAAGAUGAAGAAGCUGGCACGGCGGCACCAGCAGCAGCAGGAGCAGCAGAACUCCCAGCGGCUGGGCCAAGAGGUCCUGUCGAGCCGCAUGGAGGGCAUGAUGGCCUCCUACACGCCCCUGGCCCCGCCCCAGCAGCAGAUCGUGGCCAUGGAGCAGAGCCCCUACGGCAGCAGUGACCCCUUCCAGCAGGGCCUCACGCCACCCCAAAUGCCAGGUGACCACAUGAACCCCUAUGGCAACGACUCCAUCUUCCACGACAUCGACAGCGAUACCUCCUUAACCAGCCUCAGCGACUGCUUCCUCGGCUCCUCCGACGUGGGCUCCCUGCAGGCCCGGGUGGGGAACCCCAUCGACCGGCUCUACUCCAUGCAGAGUUCCUACUUCGCCUCCUGAGAGCCAGCCGGCUGCAUGGACACUUGGGCGAGGGUCCCGGCGGCCAGCCCCGCCCUCCCGGCCCCGCCGCCCGCACAGACUCUGCCGACAGCCAUAUGGUGCCCUCCCCUUGCCAGCCGGGCCUGGCCGACAUGCCCGCGGGGCACGGCCGGACGGGCCGUGGAGCACAGCCCUCUGCGCAGGGCUGCGUCCUGCCCGCAGAGACCACGCCGCCCCCGGGGACCCAGAGCUCUCGGACAGCCCCUCGCCUCCCCGCCCCACCUCGGCCUCCAUCGCCUCCUCCGUCCCCGCCUUUUUUGGGAAGCUUAAAUUCUCUCUAUUUUUUUAAACAUCCUCUCUGUGUCCAGCCAACCGCCGGGGCCCCUGCUUGGGCCGAGGCAGGGCCCCGUGCAGGCCCGGGAAGAGGUGGGCCAGGCCUGUGCCCUGUGCUGGCGCCCACCCCCUCGGCCGCCUCUGUGGGCAGGCAGUCCCCGGGCGAGGCUCACCCCUCCCAGCCAGAGCGGGGCAGAGGCGGGGCAGAGCCAGCCAGGUGCCAGGCCCACCUGGCUUUGCCCUGGGGGGAGUCGCCGGGGAGGGAAGACGGAGCCAGGCGGACCUGAGGGUCAGAGACACACGUGCAGCUGCACACACGAAAGGCACGCAGGCAGACACGCACAGAGACGUAGAGACACUGAAGGAGGCGGAGCAGCCCUGUGGGAAGGAAAAAGAGGCCAGACCGGGAGGGCACCGCUCCUCUGCAGUGCCGGGAGAGGAAGCAGGGAGGGAGAGGAUGGGGUGAGCUUGAAGCAGGUGCACUCGGAGGUACCCCAGAAGGAGGCUGGGCAGACAGGGCAGCCGCCGGCCAGCCCCAAGGGCAGAGACGGAGCUCAGAACCGGGCAGAGUUGGGCCACGUGGCAGAACCUCCCGGCGGGAAGGACCUCACACGUCGCCCACGUGGCACGCCAUCUGCUCCUGGGACACGGAGCCCAGGCUCCGUGCCAGCUGCCCUCUCCUGCUGACCUUUUCCAGCCCCGGUUUCCUCUGCUCUUCCUCUUCAAACUGACCCACCACUGGGCCCCAGCGUUCCUCCUAAAGGCGUGGCAGGCAUAGAACCCAGUCUUCCCACCAACCUCCACCAGCCAGAGUGAGCAGGCCCGUCACCUCCCCAGCGUUAGGUGCCCUACCUUUGUUAAUGUGACCUGAGGUCCAGUUAAUGGUUUAGGCCAUGUAACCUUGGAAACACUGUCCUGUAAGAAAACCCAGUGACCGUGACACACAGGACAGCUAAGUCACAUCUCUCUUCUGUGUGUGUGUUGAGUGGGGGGGAGGGGGCAUCUGGACCCUCAGGACCUCUCCCUGUUGGGCGUUGGCCCACUAACCAGCCCUUCCUGGGAGAUGCAUUCCCCCUGCACUUCCAGCCCUGUUUUCGAGCUGCCAAAUACACUACGUCAACCCCCACCCUCCGCUCACUCUACUCUAACCUGCCAAAGGGACGUUAGGUCAGGAUGCUGGUCCCUGCUCUCAGUGACCCCUGGAAGGCGCUGUGUCCUCAGCCAGGUGCUCAUGGCCCUGCCCUGAGUUCUGGCUCAAAGCCCUAGGCUGCCCCCAGAGGCCUGCUUGUCCAGCCUCUGAGCGGAUGGGGCGAUGGUUGACUGUCUUUGGGCUCCUCUGCCCGGCCCUCACGGGAUCCUCAGAGUUCCCCAAGCCGCUCUGCGGUCUGCUCCUCUGUCUGCAGGGGAGCCUCGGCUCUCCGGAGAGGCCUGGGCGCGUCUCCCACCCCUCCUGGCUCCCAUGCGCAGACCUCACCCUGCUCUCUCCGGGGCAGCUGGCUGGGGGGACCAGGCGCAGCAUCCGCCCUCCCUGGGCUAAGCAGCCAGCCUGGCCCUUCUGGGCUCGUGCUCCAAAGGCCUUCCCCGGGGCCCUCAGCUGGCGGCUCAGUCCAUCCGCAGCCACAGCCUCGGCCUCACUCGGCCUUCCUCUGCUCUCUCUGGUCCCCACAGCCGUGCCGGUUUCUGGAGACCUGCCUCCCUUUCUCCUUUUGCGUCCACACAGUCAGACCAUGGCAG